AUGGUGAUUACCAACAAGAAAGCAACGUUGGCGACAACAACCUCAACGACGACUACAAAAGCAACAACAACGAAUAAAUCAAAACAACAACGGCAAACGGUUGGUGCUGCUGUAGCGGCCGGUACAACAACAUGGGGUUCAAUAGGUAGCGUCCAGCAGAAACAAAAGCAGGAACCACAACAACAACAACCAGAUAUUGACGCUAAAAAGAAUACCAAGCCUGAGAAUCAGGAAAACACCGACAACAACAACAAAAACGACGAUAAAAUCGCCGUUGAAAGUAAGCAGUCCAAUGUUAAAAAUCACAGCAAUACCUAUAAACAGAAUAAUAUUACCCAUGAUGGCAACAGCACGCAAAAUAGCAACAAAAACAGUGAGCCGGCUAAUAAUACACUAACAACCAAAACAAUUGCUACACAAACGAUAAAAACACCGGUAAUUUCCGCUACAGAUACGAAACCGAAAUCGGUGCGAAAAAGCGACAGUAUCGAUAGUAAGGAAAAUGCAUGCGUCCCAAAAAAACAAAAUGACAGCUGCAAUCAGACGAAACCAAUAUCGCAAGAGCAGCAAUUGCCGCGUAAAGUGACAACGGACACAAUAAACCAAAGCAACAACGGCAAUAAUAAUACUCGCUUUAACAAGAAUGCUAAGAAACAUCAGCAACAAGCCACCGGGCAAGCUGUUGGUCGAAAUAGUCAGAACAACAAAAACAAUAACGGUAACAAGAGCCAAAAUAGCAAAGUUUUCACGAACAGCAACAACAAAAUCCGUUGGAAGCGAGUUGACAACUGUAGCAGCAUAAUAUUUAGCACUAAUCAUCAUUACAACAAUUAUAACCACAGCAGGAACAACAAUAAUAACAAAAGCAACAAAUAUCGUAUAUCAAAUUCCAACACAUCCAGCAUCAUCACCGACGACGACGAUGACUAUCGUGAUGAUAUUGCUGAUAUGACCGAUACCGAUUCGGUAUACUCUCAUGAGUGGCAGAAGAAAAGCGCACGUUAUCAACAACUAAAACAAUCAAAUAAAAAAACACCAAGUGGUAGUGAUUUAUUGACCGCCGCACUGAUGGUGCCUUGUCAAAAGUGCAACAAAACGCUAACGCCAAGUGGGGGGGUUACGUUCGCGAAUGCGCGCCAAUACCGCAAAUCCAAGUCGUAUAUGGGUGGCGGGGCGAAUGGAGCUGAUGGCACUGGUAGUGCACGUCAUUCUAUUGCUUCCGUAGAUAGUUUGCAAAAUCUAAAUAAUAGCAACGGUGGCCAUCGCUAUCAGCGUUCGGUUAGCGAUCGUCGCACUUCGUUUGAUCGUGUAUUUGCCGAACGUAAUAAGGAUUUUGUACCAAUUGUGCAGCCAACGCGCCCUGUGCUCGCAUCGUCGAACAUCGAAUGUGUAUUAACCGAUACAGAAAGGAUGACUCUGAUCGAGCGCUUGGGGAAGACACGCUUGACAUAUCCAAUAAUGCAGAUCGCUGCUAUUUUCUCCCCAACUGCUGCGCAAACUUGCAUUGAAUCUGUAGCUAUUCACAACAAAAGCUUCGCGCACCAAAAUCUACCGCAACCUUUCUAA